AUGAGUGAACAAACCGUUACAUAUUUUGAAAUCGAUGGAAAUUCUUUUGUCGUGUACAGCGAUCUUUGUGUUGUUCAAACAAGCCUUGCUUCCUCGUCAGGAGGGUCGUUCACACAUGUGGCAGGAGGAAUAACGCCCAUCACCACUUCACUCUCUUCCGAUAUUCCAUCUACCUUGUACCAUACGAACAACACCAUCACUAACAACCAUUCAAUAUCAUCUAAAAAGAUUAUCAAACUAACCAUCUCGGAUGGAGAGAAUAUUUACUACAAUCAUCAUAGCAUUUCCUAUGCGGGACAAGCAUCAUCCGGAGAAGAGUUUAACAUGUUCCAAAUUGUACACACCUCCAUCAUGAAACAAGACAAUUCCAAAUUCAAAUAUCGAGUCAAUUAUAUGAGUAAUGGAAAUCUCAAUUUCAUCAUUAGUAUGAUUGUGAAUCCAUCUGGUGAUUACAUCAUCUCCAAUAUUGAAUUGAAAAAGUCAUCUAACACUAAGGCAGGUCACAUUUCAUUAUUUCGAUAUCUCAUCAUUAGUAAGGAAAAUGAUGAAAAAACCAUUAACAAGCUCAGUAAACAAGCCAAACACUAUAAUGAAAGUAUUGAACAAUCAAAACUCGUCGUUGAAGAAAAAGAGAGGAUGGAAAAAGAAUUGUAUGGUCAAUUCUUAAUAUUAAUCAAUUCAAAGAAGAAGAUUAUUCAAAAGUUUCAUGAAGCCAAGAAACAAUCAGACGAGUUGCUCGACAAGGAAAAGGAAAAGAAUAAGAUCCUUACCGAUGAAAAGAAGCAACUUCAACAACAAAUUGAGCAAUUGAAACAACAAUUACAAGCUGCCAAAUCAGCUGCAAAGAACUCGAAUAACAUGUUAUUUCGAGGAAGGCUUGUGGAUUCACCUCAACUCUCACCUUCAUGUUCUGCCCAGGCUCUUGUAGAAGGCUAUCAGACACCAAGAAAACCCUCACGAAAUGCCAAAUGUGUGGAUGCUGAGGAUUUAUUGGACGACUUGACCUUUGAAUAA